AUGGAAUAUGACAUACUGCAGUCGAUUAACUUAGAAGAUUUAUCCCACUUCAAAUCCUUUACAGACCGUUAUUUUAGCAAAAGAUAUGUACUCAACGUUAAUGGAAUUGAAAACAAUGAUAUAAUGCUUAUGUUCCACUCAAAUAGAAUAACACUUUUAAGUCUUGCACCAAGUCAUUUCUUCUUCAAGAAAACCGAUCAAUACAAAAUUAAUUUCAAUAUUGGCAACAUUGAUAGAUUAACAAACACAGUAAAGGGUAAAGGAAAGAAAGGUGGACAAAUGUUAACUCCAAAUUCUGUUAUUUGUAAAAUUGAAUAUGAUGAUGGGACAACUUUUGACAUACCUUGUUGCAUGAAAGGCACACUUAUUGAAGUUAAUAAAGAAUUAGCAAAAAACCCUGAACUAUUAAGAGAACAGCCAGAUUCUAGUGGUUUUAUUGCAAUUAUGUUGUCAAGUAUUGCGAUAUCCGAUUCAACAAAAAGUGAGCUUUUAAAUCAUGAAGAGUAUGUUAAAACUUUUAAUGGUUGUUAUUAGUAAGUAGAAAAUAGAUUGUUAAAUAAAUAGCCAUAAAUAUUUUGUAUUUAAUUUGUUUUCUUUUAUCACCAAUGAAGGGACACAGAAAAAUAGCUAUUCGAUAGGUUAAUGUUAACACACACCUUUUGUGUAUGCAAAUAAAUCUACAGUUUUGUUUAUGACAUUGUGAUUGAACUAAGAGUUUGUAACAUUACUCACCUUAUUGUUACCAAACCACUGUACUAGCAAAUUUAUUAAAUGACAAUAUGAAAUUAAAUGGAUGUUAGUACAGACCAAGUUUGUCAGAGUUUUCAGAGAUACAGUGUAAACUCUUUGUAACAUUAUCCUUUAUAACAAAUUCCCUGUAACAUUGAAGUGAGCCCAACUUGGUUGGUUUGCGUUAAAACCUACAUAUUGAAACACUCUAUAGCGAUAUGCCAUUCUCUAUUAUGAAGAAAUGUGUUCAUAUUUGUAGACAGUAAAUAUUUAUUAUCGGUAUUAUUGUUUAUGUUAUGUUAUCUUGUUAAUUUGGUUGUUUUUUUGUUCACUCCAUAUAACGAUAACUCUCUAUAACGACAAAAAAAUGCUCAGUCCCAUGAGUUACGUUACAAAGAGUUGAAUUUAAAUUUAC